GUGAUUCUCGCCCUUCGGUCGUCGCUGGGUCUAGAGCGUUUUCCACCGGAGCGUUUAAAAGCUGGCCGGUGUUGGAUCAGGCUCCUGCUUCUGAGAAUCGACUCGCUUUAGGCCAGUCACCUCUUCGGUGCCUUCAACUUCCUUCCACCCAUCACGUAGACAUUUUACAUCAUACAAUAAGCAGUGCAGCCAGCGUGGCAUACAUUCCUUGACUCGAGAUUCGAUUCGCGAACAUAACGAAGCAUCGCCAAGUAGCUACAAGCCCCAGAGCGAGCGUCCGCCAUACGCAUUAGAACGUCUUACUACGAACAAAGAAGGAUCCAAAACAUGGUUCUACCACUCGGCACUCCCGGCGCCGAUGCCAUCUACUAUCAUGUGAUGUGCUUCGUCUUUGUUGUGCUACUCAUGUGCCUCUCAAUCCAACUCCACGGAAGCCAUGGCACGGCUGCGAUGAAGAUUUUGCUCCUUCAGAACGCAAGCGCUGCGCUGUAUUUCGCCACCCGCUUCAUAAUUGUUGGCCAAGGCCAUGACCCGCUAUGCGGCGGGCUCACGCUGCUGGCCGGCGCGGGAUUCUGGUACUCCUCGCUCGGUUUUUACUAUAUCAUCAUCACGCAAAAGACGAGGGCAUUAUUACGGGCAAUGUUUCCGGCCGUCAACGCGAAAGUUUUUAUCGCAUAUCAAGUGACGCUACUGACCAUGUACGUAGUCAACGUGGCAUGGGCAUGUGCGUUGGUCAAGAUUGAGCAAUGCAGCACCGUCUGGGGCGGCCUGAACAUCGACUUCAUCUUCACCAUCGUCAUCCAAGUCCUCCUCCUCACCGCGGAGUUGAUCAUCUACUACAAGCUGUCCACAGGCCCAUUAAAAGGGAGCAAAUGGACGCCGCUGCAGAAGGAGUAUCUCCACGGCGCGAUUGCCCUCAUGGUCUUUCUGAUCACAUCCAACAUACACAUAUACUAUAAUUGGAUAGCCACGGUCACGUAUUCGCUCUGGUAUAUCCAAGCCGCCUGGUUUUCGUACGUCUCGUACUCGACGAUAUGGACGCUGAAUGCAGCGAAAUCCGCCGGCUUUCGGACGGAGUUCCCGGUGUCGCCGAAGGGCACCGAAGGUCCGACAGAGUUUUUCAGCGACCCUGCGAUGCCCACGUCAGCACGUACUCUUCCCGCAACCACUGUGUAGUAGUAUGAGGAGGAGAUGGGGUUGUAUUUUUACGAACAAAAGUGCACAAAACGUCUCAAGAAGCUGCUCCGACUCACACACAAUAUGUUGAUGGCCCCAACAUUAUUUCCGUUGACCCCACAUAGUGCCGAGGGGAAUGGGUUAGACGGCCGAUGGAUCUAGAAGUUGUCCCACCCACGAUUAUACGCGGAAUUAUAGAUCGCACGUAAAUAGAAUCUCGCAGGCCGUCGCUGGGUCGGUCUGUCUGGGAUCUAUGCUUCGCGCUGUCGAAUUGAUUACGAAUGCCGGCUGUAUUAUAUACCGCAAUCACGUGAACUGACUUUUGGCAGCCGCACGGAGGCUUUGGC